AUGAGCACGCUCGCGCCCACCUCGAUCAUUCCGUCGCGCCUCCGCAAUCGGUCGCGCAGCCGUUCGGUGGCCGAACCAUUGCCCUCACCAUCGUCGACCGCCGACGUGCCAGCACAGCACAACAUCAUCCACUUCCCGCGCGUGUACGAGCAAGCAUGGGGCGGCUACCACGCCCAGUCCGCCGUCCCCGGUCUGAGCGACUCGCGGACCGACCUCGAGCGCGCCCAGAUCUUCCUCCUGCGCUUCACCCAGCUCUCGCCCGACCGCGCCCUCCAAGCCGCCCUCAUGGAGAUUGUCGUCGACCGGGACAGGUAUGUGACCGUCUACGCCCUCGCCGACGCCGUGCGGAUGCGUAUCUUUGGCGGACGUCAUCAGAGCUUCGAGGUCACGCCCCUGUUACAGGCCAUGCGCUUCAUGCUCAUCAAGGCGGGCAUCACAGACUGCGCCGACCCGAACACGCGUCCUGUCGUCGACUUUUUCUUCGACCCGACGAUGGCCAGAAACCAGGCCAUCCUCCCAACCGACGCUGUGACGCUGCCCUAUCCUGCUGCCCGGCUCAAGGUGUGCAUCGUCGGUGGUGGGCCUACCGCGCUGGCGUCCGCCAUCUCCCUCGCGGAAAAGGGCAAAGGACAGGUAGAGGUGCACAUGUACGAGCGUCGAUGGGUGAGCACGCAAGAGGGAGGACGGGUUGGAUACCCCCCAACGGCCAAGAGGCGAGACCAGGUAGUGACGCUACAGGAAUCCGUGACCGACCUCAUAACACCGCGCACGCGCACCGCGCUCUUCCAGAAUCGCCCAGAAAAGGUGUGGCCUGGCUCGGCCAACAUCCAGAUCCGCAAGGUCGAGGACCGUCUGCUCGCGCGCUGCCACGACGACGAGUUCCGCGGCCUCAUCCAUCUCUACGCCCAAGGUCUGACGCGCGAGACGCUGUACCAAGCAGACGACUUCCACGUCCUCCUCGGCGCGGACGGCGCUGCGUCCUGGGUGCGCAAAUCCUACUUUCACGGCUACGAGAACGAGCGAGGGAAAAGCUACGCUCUCGGUCUGGCGUUUGAUCGGCCCGCCGGUCUGCCCUGGUCCCAACCUCUCAACGUCUUCCUCACCCUCGGCCAGACGCGCUACCUGCUCAACGCAAGUGACCACGAUGGACGGGGCUACCUCAACAUGCAGCUCACAGAGGCCGAGUGGCACGAGAUGGUGUCCGUCGACGGCACGCCCGUCACCUUUGGUCGACCGGGCUGUCUCCCCGCCGAGGACGGCAGCCUUCCCGCUGGUUUCGAGCCGGGCCAGCUCUUUCGCCCGUCGACGGAUCGGCAGAGUCCCCUCUGGCAGUCCAUCGAGGACGGCCUCAAGCUGUUUGGCUUCAAGGAGAGCGAGGUCAUCAACGUCGUGCGCAUCCUCAUUGUCGUCCAGGCCGUGGGGGAAGGCGUGCAGUAUCUGCCCCACGGCGAGACACCCUCGUUACGGCGACCGCAUGCUCUCGUCGCGGUGGCGGGCGACGCUGCCAUGACGGUGCACUUUUGGCCCGGCCGUGGGCUGAACAGUGGCAUCAAGUCUGGCAUGGCACUCGGUGACGAGCUCGUCCACGCGCUAGACACGGGGCGUUUCGUGGGCUUGGGACUGGACUCGAUGAAGGAGUACAAUGACUUCAUCAUGAAGCUCCAGGGACGCGAGCACGACAAGCGCAGCAUCCCCAUCCUCAACCAGUCUGGCGCCCCCGAGACGCUGGGCUGGCUGCUCGACAAGGCCGGCGCCGUGCCCGACCAGGUGGCGGUCGAGUGGCUCGUCGGUGCCAUGGUGCAGAUUGCGAGUCGUCUCGAGACACGGCGCGACUGGCCGUUUGAGGUGGUCCCCAACAUUGCGCCGCAGAUCCGCAUCGUGCUGCGGCAGCUGCGGGCGCGGACGCUGCGAGAGAUGGCGGUGAGUUUCCCCUGGCCGACGAGGGAGAUGGGCGGGGCCGAGGUGUUGCCUUUGCGGUCGAUGAAGGUGGAAGAGAAGCAGAGGUGGAUGCAAGGGCUGUGGAAGAUGAUGACGAUGCGGGAUGAGGGGGGCGCCAAGGACAAGGAGAACGCGGCUAAACUGGCGGCGGCAGCGAGACUGGGGGAGGCACCGUCGACGUCAAGAUUUGAGGCGCCAAAGUCCAAUGGCGACAGCAAUAAACGCAACUCGUUGCAGGUUCCCGGUCAGGUGCCUGGUCAGGCUCCUGGUGGUGGUGGUGGUGGUGAUGGUGGUCUGGACAGGGGGUUGAAGAGGAGUGGCGCCAUGUCCAUCAGGUCGCCCGGCGGCGCGGGUGGUGUGGAAGGGAGAAGGGGUCGAGCGAGUUCGAUCACGUCCGAGGUGUCGGCCUUGAGUACUAGUAGAGAGCCCAGUCCGGCGUCGUCGGGCGAGAUUGGGCUGGUGCGGUUGAUGAGCACGAGGAAGCCUGGCAAGGCGGUGUUUGACGACGCAUUGUCGCUGGCGCUGUUUAGGCUGGAUGAGGACCGUUGA